GCAAAUAACAUUGAAAUGCAAAGAGCGACAUCGUCGUUUGCUUUAAAAUUUAAUGAAAUUUACACUUCUUGUUUACCUGCACGAUAAUGUCUCGAGUCUUGCAUAUUUUAGGAGGUUGACUCGCCCAACGAACGAUUAAUUUUGAGACGCGUCAUUCACACUUCUAAACUUCUAGGUGACGGUACGUACCAAAACUGAAAUGAUACCAGAUCACCUUUUUGAUGAAGGGAUUAACAACACGCUCUACCAAAAUGAUAUGAAGCAAGUGCAGAGUAAUAAACACGUUUAUGAGAGGAAUCAAAGGGAUUAUGAGCAAGAACAGCGUGAUCUGCUCUCGUCGCAAGAUGGAGACACGUGUGAAAUCCACGACCAGUUCUAUCGCGACCACAAGUUGCUGCUGGUGCUGUUCCGCGCUCUCGCCGUCAUGCCUAUCACCAGGUCUAGGCCAGGUACAAUCACCUUCAGUUGGCGCUCUUCAGCCACUGCCUACGCAAUCUGUUUCUACAUCGCUACCACCGUCGUCGUCUUAGUCGUCGGUUACGAACGCAUCUUGAUUCUUCGCUCCAUCAAAAAGUUUGACGACUACAUCUACGCUAUUCUCUUCGUCGUGUUUCUUGUGCCUCAUUUCUGGAUACCUUUUGUUGGAUGGGGAGUGGCUCACCAAGUUGCCAUUUAUAAAACCAAUUGGGGAAAGUUUCAAGUCCGAUACUACAGAGUAACGGGCGAAAACCUUCAAUUCCCCAAUUUGAAGACUGUGAUAGUUAUCAUAAGCAUUGGAUGUCUGCUGUUAGCCAUAGGAUUUCUUCUUAGUCUUUGUGCCCUUCUGGAUGGAUUUCUAUUAAAACACACAGCGGCAUACUACCAUAUCAUAACGAUGAUCAACAUGAACUGCGCUUUGUGGUAUAUAAACUGCAGAGGAAUCAAAAUUGCAUCGCAAAGUCUUUCAGAGUGCUUUCGUAGGGACGUUGGAAUAGAGUGCUCAGCUAAAUUAAUUUCCCGGUAUCGCUACUUGUGGCUAAAUCUCUCCGAACUACUUCAAUUACUAGGAAACGCUUACGCUCGAACUUAUUCUACUUACUGCCUCUUCAUGUUUACAAACAUUACAAUCGCCGUAUACGGAGCGUUGUCGGAGAUAGUGGACCACGGCAUCGGCUUCAGCUUCAAGGAAAUCGGCCUGUUCGUGGACACCGUCUACUGCUCCACACUGCUGUUCAUCUUCGCUGACUGCUCGCACAAUUCUACGCAAAAGGUGGCAGACGGCGUUCAGGAGACUCUUUUGAGUAUAGAUGUUCUAUCUGUAGAUCGGCCAACGCAAAAGGAAAUCGAUCACUUCAUUCAGGCCAUUGAAAUGAACCCAGCUGUGGUGAGCCUUAAAGGUUACGCUAACGUUAACAGGGAGCUACUCACCUCGGCAAUUAGUAUGAUCGCCAUCUACCUCAUAGUCUUACUGCAGUUCAAGAUUUCAUUGCCGAAGGAUCCACAGAUGCCUGCAACAUAAAAAUAUUUUUAAACACACUGUACUCGUGACAAAAAGUGUAGAGAAAAUUUUACAUAUAGAUUAUGAUUAGCGUUUGCAUUAGAAUAAUCAUCAUUCUAUAGAUGAUGAGUAUAAAUUGUUAGCUAAUAAAACA